AUGUUUGGAAUCCAGGAGCAUCUUGCUGUGAAAGAACGAACUUUUGGGGAAGAAAUGGAUUCAGUCCGUCCGUGGGUGCGCAAUGUCGGAGUUGUGGAUGCAAAUGUUGCAGCUCAGAGUGGACUAGCUUUGUCUCGUGCCCACUUUGAGAAACAACCUCCCUCCAACCUGCGAAAGUCCAACUUCUUCCAUUUUGUUCUGGCCCUGUACGACCGGCAUGGACAGCCAGUGGAAAUCGAGAGAACAGCCUUCAUUGACUUUGUUGAGCAUGAUAAGGAGCAGACGGGAGAAAAAACUAAUAAUGGCACACACUACAAACUCCAGCUCCUUUACAGUAAUGGUGUACGAACUGAACAAGACCUUUAUGCUCGUCUUAUUGACUCUGUAACCAAACAGCCCAUAUCAUAUGAAGGACAAAAUAAGAACCCUGAAAUGUGCCGUGUUCUGCUAACUCAUGAGGUCAUGUGCAGUCGCUGCUGCGAGAAAAAAAGCUGUGGAAAUCGUAAUGAGACCCCAUCAGACCCUGUCAUCAUUGACAGAUUUUUUUUGAAGUUUUUCCUCAAGUGCAACCAAAAUUGUUUGAAGACAGCAGGGAACCCAAGAGACAUGAGAAGAUUUCAGGUUGUUCUCUCAAGCACUAUUAGUGUGGAUGGUCACGUUCUCGCAGUAUCCGAUAACAUGUUUGUACACAACAACUCCAAACAUGGCAGACGAGCACGAAGACUGGAGCCAGGAGAGUCCCUAGAGAACACUAUGGAAUAUGCCACCCCAUGUAUCAAAGCCAUCAGCCCCAGUGAGGGCUGGACCACAGGUGGAGCGAUGGUGAUCAUUAUCGGCGAGAACUUCUUUGAUGGUCUGCAGGUUGUGUUUGGGAGCAUGUUGGUGUGGAGUGAGUUAAUCACUCCUCAUGCAAUCCGGGUUCAGACACCUCCAAGACACAUUCCAGGGGUAGUAGAAGUUACACUGUCCUACAAAUCAAAACAGUUUUGCAAAGGAGCUCCAGGAAGAUUCAUUUACACAGCACUGAAUGAACCAACUAUAGACUACGGCUUCCAGAGACUGCAGAAGGUCAUUCCUAGACAUCCUGGGGACCCUGACAAAUUGGCAAAAGAGAUGCUGCUUAAAAGGGCAGCAGAUCUUGUGGAAGCAGUCUAUGGAAAUACCCACAGUAAUCAGGACAUGUUACUCAAAAGGGCAGCGGACAUUGCUGAAGCUUUGUAUAGUGUACCACGACCCCACAGUCAACUACAGGCUCUACCCAGCUCCCCAGUGCAUGGCAGUGUUAUGGGAUUAAGCUCCUACCCAUCUCAGCUCGGCAUGAGCAUUGGUGACCCUGGACAAAGCAGUGGCCAAGGUUACAUGCGUAAUUCUACAAGUUUGUCUCCACGGAGCUACCCAUCUGCUUCCACCCCUCAGCAGUCCACCUAUGGCUCUGGAGGAGGAAUGAGUGGAGGGUAUGGAGCUGUACCCAUGGGUAGUUUGGGUGUGCCCGGUUCUCCUGGCUUUAGCAGUGCCUCCCCAAACAGCUCUCCUUAUGGUAAUUCUUUUGCAGUUAUGCCAUCUAGUCCCACUAUACCAGGCUCUAGUUCGUCUUCCUCUCUUCUUCCCUUCUCAUCUUUUCCUUCCACGGCCAAACAGAAGAGUGCUUUUGCUCCUGUCUUGAGACCACAAGGCUCACCUUCACCUGUCUGUCCCACUUCAGGAGGCAAUGGCUUCAGAGCAAUGACUGGACUCGUUGUCCCUCCAAUGUAGAAGACAAAUUGUUGCGAGAUAAGACCUUUUCACCAGCUGACGCCCCAGGGUUAUACUGCGACUAGUGACGUCUUUACCUCCUAACAACUCACAAUGACUCACACCAACCACCUAGAAAGACACUGCAGACUCUUAAACAUUUUAUACCAUGAGUUAUAACAAGCUGUGAAUUCCAUCUUUCUCUCCAAAUGAAGAAAAUAUGAAUGGGACAGGACGUGAUCAGCUUUGAGGAACUUCACAUAGAACUUUGUAUUGGCAAAACCUUCUCCUUAGCUCAGAGAGGCUUCACCAGUCUGUCAGCCAUUUAUGAUGCUUUUUCUACAAAGAUUGUUGAUCACAUGAUCAGAGGCCUCUCAUCACACUAACAAGCAAGUCUC